GCUGGUAAAACAUCAGGAACAAACUUCUAGAACCUGGCCACAUAGUCCAAAAAGCCCUCAAAAAACUAUUUCCGAAGAACUUCUGAAUGUUGUGUGUCAAUGUUUUUCUUCCCGCCUUAUAAGAAAUGUAACCUGGGCAUGGUGAGACUCAUUUUUAGGCUUCCUCCCUUUCUUAUCAGAACACCUGGGGAGAACCACCAUCCCACCCCCUCAAACUGCUCCCCCAGAAGCCUUCCUCUUGUGAUGGCUGCCUUCAGCCCUGGGCCUGGAAGCUGAGAGGGGUGUCCUCUGGAGAACACAAACACACACACCCUCCAUGGAGCCUAAAGUGCAGGGAAUUUGCCCAGCUGCGGUGGCAUCUUCCUUCCCUCUCCCCUAAGUGUUUCUCCCUAAAGGGCUGUGGAGACCAGCCCCUCUUCCUCCGUUCUCCCCAGUGCCACCAUCACACCAGUUGGGUCCUGUCUGGGGGAGGCUAGAGGAGCAAGGGCUGCUCUCCUCCUCCUCCAGGCACACAAAUUCCUUCCCCUGGCAUCCUGAAAAAGGUGGCCUGUGUUUUCCUCCCACCCCAUUUUGGUUCUGUUUUUCCAUGAGACCAGAGGCAGAGAGGCCCCACGGCCGGAGGGAGUCCUCUUUCCCUGGGCUCUUCUUCCCUGCGUGUCAUGUUUCAUGGGCUCUCCAAGGGAAGGAGCUCCGGGAGGCCCCUUUGGACUCCUUCCCUGUUAAAACAAAGUCCCCCCCCCUUUCACGCAAGGUGUUUCCUUUGUGCUUCUUUAGACCCUGGUUUGGGGGGGGGGUGAAGGAGGGCAGGCAGGUGUGUGCUUUUUAAAACUGGGCCAAGCCAACAGGCAUAAACUGGGGGUGAGGGUGGGCAGCAAAGCAAGGCAGCCGUGACUCAGACAGGCUGCUUUGGGAUCUCUUUUCAGGAACGGAGGAGGACAGUCUGCUCUCUGGUUUGUACGAUUUUGCUCAUCGCUCUGCAUUGAUGUCCUGCUGCCCUCCUCAGGCCUCUAUGUGGCACAUUGGCCUGUGAAAGGCCCUGGGAGAACACUAAAAGUGCCAAGAGUCUGAAGUGGCAGGAGGGGCCACAUGGGGCCAGGGUCAGAGCGGCCUUUGGGAUCGGCCCCUUGGCCAGCCCCAUUCUGCGUGGGGCACAGCGGCGGUGGCUUGGCCUGGGUUUUCUGCUGGGCCCCUGCCCUCCAUCCUUGUCCCGGUGGGUUUCUUUCCCUGUGCCAGCUAAUGCAGCUUCUCCCCAUGGUCCCUUUGCCCCUUGCUUGCUGAACAACCAAAAUGAAGUUUACUGGCAUCAGCCUCUGUGAAACUGAUAAAUGUUUGUGUUUUUCUUUGGUUUUAUUUCCAUAGUGUUCUAUAGGGAUGUAGAUGUAGAUCUGAAGGGUUUUUCUUUCUCUCUCUCUUACUCUUAUUAUUAUUUUUCUUCUCCCGUUUGCUCUUGUUUACCCUCCUUCACACCCGAUCUUUUCUGCACUUCAGGUGGUUAGGAAGUCUUCCCCCUUGAGGUUAAAAAGCUGGGGCUCCAAAGUGUUAACCCUCACCUUGGGGGCUAGACCUUAAUUUAAAUGGCGACCGAUCUGCCCGAAGCUGAUCCCACAGGCCGUAAGGCGCUUCCACUCUUAACGGGAGCUCCCUCGGACAAGUUGAGCGAGACAGUCGAAGACGGCACCAUGCCAAUCCGCCGGGCUGUGAACUCUUCUGCUCGGGAAACGCCUCCCAAAAGCAAACCUGCCAAAGAAGAGGAGGCCAAGCCAGAUCCUGAUGCCAGUUCAGAGGAAUCGGCCUCUACUGUGGAGGAACAGGAGAAUGAGACUCCACCAGCCGCCUCUAAUGAAGUGGAGCCACCAAAGGAGCCUGAGGCUGAAGAAAAGGGAGAGGCAAAGCCAGCCGAGGAAGCCAAAAAGGAAGAGAAGGAUCCAGCUAAAGAGAAGGAGAAGAAAGUCAAGAAGACCAUUCCUGUCUGGGCUACUCUUUCAGCCAGCCAGCUAGCCAGAGCACAGAAGCAAACCCACAUGGCGGCUUCCUCCCGCCCCAAGAUGGACGCCAUUUUGAUUGAGGCCAUCAAGGCUUGCUAUCAGAAGGGUGGUGCUUCAGUCGUCGCCAUCCGGAAGUACAUCAUCAACAAGUACCCUUCUCUGGAGCUGGAGAGGAGAGGCUUCCUCCUCAAACAGGCCCUCAAGAGGGAGCUGGAGCGGGGAGCCAUACGGCAGGUGAAAGGAAAAGGAGCCUCUGGGAGUUUUGUGGUGGCCCCAAACUCAGGGAAAACAGGCCCCAAAUCCAGGGAUCGGAAGAGGAGCUCUUCAGGUCCAGAGCAGCAGGUGAAGCUGGAAGACGUCCUCCCACUGGCCUUCACACGUCUUUGCGAGCCCAAGGAGGCUUCCUACAGCCUGAUCAAAAAAUAUGUCUCCCAGUAUUAUCCCAAGCUGAAAGUGGAUGUGAGGCCCCAGUUGCUGAAGAAUGCCCUGCAGAGGGCAGUGGAGAAGGGCCAGCUGGAGCAGAUCACAGGCAAAGGAGCAUCUGGAACAUUCCAGCUGAAGAAGUCUGGGGAGAAGCCAUUGCUGGGUGGGAGCCUGAUGGAGGAUGCCAUCCUCUCUGCCAUUGCAGCCAUGAACGAGCCCAAGACCUGCUCCACCACCGCUCUGAAGAAAUAUGUUCUGGAGAAGCACCCGGGGUCAAACUCCAGUUUCCAAGUCCACCUCCUGAAGAGGACCCUCCAGAAGUGCGAGAAGUACGGCUGGAUGGAGCAGAUCUCCGGGAAGGGCUUCAGCGGCACCUUCCGGCUCUGCUUCCCCUAUUACCCCAGCCCUGGCAUUCUGUUCCCAGAGAAACAGAAAGCACAGGAUUCAAAGGAAGAGGAGUCUGAGGAGGAAGAAGAGGAGGAGGAAGAGUCCGAGGAAGAAUCCGAGGAAGAAGAGCCACCGCCAAAGAAAAGGAUGCAGAAGCGGCCCCCUCCGAAGGCCCGGAACCGGGCGCCCCCCUUGGCUAAACGGCGGGAGGGCAAGCCCAAGCCUCGCAAGGCCCCCCUGGCCCCUCGUGGGAAAGCCAAGGCCCCUGCCAAGAAGGCCAAGCCCCCUGCCAAGAAGGCCAAGCCGGCACCCCCAACUCCUCCGCCAGCAGCCCCUGCCCGCAUGGCCACCAAGAGCCUCUCGGGCAACAGCCCUGCUGCCCCUAAGAAGCCGGCCGUGAGCCCCAAGAAAGACCUGAAGCCCUCCAAGGCCAAGAAGAGCAAGCCUUCCAUGCGGAAGUCCCUGCGGGCAAAGAAGUAGGAGCCCCCUGGCAUUGCCUCUGAGGAAGCCACGCUUGUCUGAUGAGUACAACACACGGCAGCGCAUCUUAGUUCUGGCGCUUAAACAUCCCACCUCUUCUCUCUCUCUCUCUCUCUCUCUCUCUCUCUCUUCUCCCCUGCUUUCCCCCCUCUUCUCCUUGGAGCAGCAGGGAGAGUGAAGCAGAACAUCCAAGUGAGCCCUCCCAUGCAAGCCUUUCUGUUAGAGCUAGGUUACCCUCCCUGUGCCUUUCCGUUCUCUCCCCUUCUUCCUUUUCCCUUCUUUCCUUCCUUUCUUUGCUCCCUCCUCUCUCUCUCUCUCUCUCUCUCUCUCUCUUUCUUUCUUUCUUUCUUUCUUUCUUCUCCCUCAAACCAAUCACCAGUAACAUAGGACUGUUCUUUGAGGAAAAAAAAAGAAGAGUAAACUGUACAGGGUGCAUCUUGAAAUUUUGGCUUUUGAAACUGGUUGCAAAGAUUUUUAUAUUUUUAGAAUGUGGAAAUGGGUCCCUGGGAAGAAAAGGAACUGCUCUCCAAAAGACCCUUCUCCCCCUCCCCAUCCAUGGGGUGCCUUGCAUCAGUCUUGCAGGCCAGCGACUCCCCCAUCCCCAUCCCUGCCCUGCCGGUCUUCUCAGAGAAGAGCGAACGGUGGCAGGUGACCCGGAGCAGGACCGGAGUCCUGCUGAUGCCUUCUUCAUAACCUUAGUGUGCAAGUGCUCUCUUCUGCUAGCCUAGUUGUUCCCCGCAGUGUCUUUCUUUCUCCCCCUCCCCGCCUUAAAACCCAAGCCUACAUGAAAGUCGUCUUGAAUCCAACUUCAGAAACGCUGUUCUUUUGAAAAGGAAAGAACUCCUGGGUUUUUGUCACUUGUUUGCUCCUCUCUUUUUUAAAAAAACGAAACAAAAUGUCAGAGAAGGAUCUGAUUGCUAUCGUAGAGCCAUUCAAGUGAGGAACAUGCUGUUUGCUGAAAUAAAAAGUAGACUGAC